UAUGGACGUUGACAAUCGACGUCCUUCAAAAUUUUCACGACGCAAGUUAAAAACUCACGCCGACAUGGUCAAAUCUGCGGCAGAAAUCUCUUCAAAGAUUGUUGCAUUGGAGGUUCGACCCGAUGCGUGGAAAGAACUGCAGUUUAUGCACGUGGCAAAUUUUCCCCAGUCUCACUGCACCCGUUGUAACAAUGAUAUUUGUCUUCAAUGCGGAGAAUCUACCCAUCACCCUGGAAUGACUUGCAUUCAAUUUAUGCGCUAUAAAGUAGCUAAUCCUCACUUGUUCAUUCUUAAUCACUGUCAUGUUCAUAAUGACGCACUUGAAAACAUAAAAUGGAAACUUGCGAAUUCAAAGUCUUGUCCAAAUUGUUCCAUUCUUAUUAACCGUGAUGAUGGGUGCAACAAAGUUGACUGUUUACAUUGUGGUUAUAGAUUUUGCUGGAUUUGUAGAAAUAGAUGGUCAGAAAAUUGCGGUUUUUAUAAAUGUAGAAUGGUAAAAUCAAAGAGAAAACGCGAUAAGGAAAAAUAUCCUAUGGGAAGCCAACGACAGCGGACUUCACAAUUCAAGAGACAGGCACAAAUGCAUACACAAGAAGUAGCAUCAGAGAGUAAUGAAGUUAGUGGAGAGGCAGGACAUUCACAAGAAAUUCGAGAUGAUGUGGAAAUG